CAGAGAAAAUCUCUCGAGGCCCCGCCCCUCCUGGAAUGCCAGCGCAGCGACGCGAACGCCCGCGGCCACGUGAUCCGAAUGGAAUGAAAACAAUGCGGCGCGCCGCUGUCAAUCAGGAGCGUUGCAAACCCCGCCCACAUUCUGAGGCGUGGGGGAAGCAGUGAGGAGAAAAUAGAGUCUGAUCAAGACCUGGAAUCCUGGUAGAGGCUGCAAAAAAAAACUGGACAAAACAUUGAAGGAAAUAAAUAAAGCCUCAUAACUUGACCGAAAAAACCAACCCAACGACAUUGUCAAUGACAUUUACGGGUGGUCGAUUAAUGAGAACAUUUUUGAUGCUGGCAGAUUGAAAUAUAUUUUCUCCCUGUUGUGGAAUGCGGUUUCUCCGUACGAGUUGCCUUCUAUUGGCUCUGAUCCGCAUAACUUAGCGCAAAGAGAGAGAGAGAGAGAAACUCCAGCGGUUCAGAAACUGCCAUCACUUACUCCAUUAAUUCGGGGACAAAUUUCUCGGCAGACUUUUGUGUUUUAAGGUACAGUUAACGAGAGAGAGAGAGAUUUCCUCGAUGGCAGUGUUCUACAGGAAGAUGACCUGUGCCAAAUUGAUGAAUUCAAGGAUGAAUGAAGUACUAUCCAAGCUGAAGCAUCUCAUUUGUUCUUAACCUGUAGGCAGGUAAGGAUGCCUAUAAGAAUGAAGUCAAAGUAGACUUUAUGUUGAAAAAAAUUCAAGGACCACAAGUAGGCAUCAGUAAAAGGAAGAAAACUACAAUGAUUACAGCAAACUAAACGUUAACUUUCUGAAAAUCUUUGUAGCACCAGAAACCCAAAGACAGCUUAUUUAUGAUAAACAAAAGUUGGUUUUGUGAUGAGGCCAAAGACAUUUCCAGCCACUUCGUAUGCUGGAAACAGCCGCCAGAGACUGCAGGAAAUUCGGGAAGGGUUGAAACAACCUCAUAAACCUUCAAGUCAAGCUUUAAAUGUUGGCGUGAACAAUGAAACUCAGCUUGACCCGAAAGUUGGAAAGGAUGCCACCAGGCAGCAGCAGAUGCGACCAGUCCCAAAAUUUGGGCCUUAUCAGAAAGCUCUCAGAGAAAUCAGAAACUCCUUGAUGCCAUUUGCAAAUGAGUCAGGUUCAUCUAACAGUGUUGAAGUAAACAGACAGAUGCUUCAAGAAUUGGUGAACGCUGGGUGUGAUCAGGAAAUGGCAAUCCGAGCUCUCAAGCAGACUGGUAGCAAAAGCAUAGAAGCUGCUCUGGACUUCAUAAGUAAGAUGGGCUAUCUGGACCCUAGGACUGAACAGAUUGUAAGAGUUAUUAAGCAAACAUCACCAGGAAAAGGUAUUGGACCACAUCCUCUUGAUCGUAGGCCAAGUUUCGAAGGAUCAAAUGACUCUUUAUCCACCUAUCACCAGAUGGGCAAUCCUAUGUAUGAAGUAGCAGAUUCUGGAGCCGAGAGUGUAAAUAAACAUAGUGAAAUAUCACGGCAAUAUGCAAAUACGCCCAAUAUAAAUUUUUUAGUUGCUACUGGACAAGCUAUGACUGUCAACACUCCAGGGCAGAGGUGCUCCCCCAUAGGACCUCACUCUACAAUUGGUGGACAGAAUCCUCCAUCUAACGCUAUAUUCCCAUCCACAACCUGUGAUAUUAAACACCAACAAAAAACAUAUUCAGCUAAAGGAGAAACAGGCCAACCUCUUCAAAUUAUUAAUUACAGUCUCUCAAAUCACAGCAGCCAACCAAUCACAUUGCAAGGCUCUCAAGUGUCAAACAAUCCACAUUAUAUGAGGCAACAUUUAAUGGCUCAAGGAGAAAACAGUGUCUCUUUAGGUUACGCUGUCCAAAGAAGUUCAUCUUUCCAAAGCAAGAUGCAACAAGAGGGAAAUUAUGGAAACCUUCAGAAUAAAAGCCCUGUUACUCAAGGCAUUCCUGGCCAUACCUUCCAACAGCCUUCAACUGUUCUAUACUUGCCACAGUCCCAUCAUAGACAACAAAGUCCCACAUCUCCUCAAAUACAAAUGUUAUCAGGCUUAGCUUCACCAUUUGGAAAUGAGUUUUCAGAGCUUGCCCCAACUAUGAUGACACCCUCAAGAAAUAGCCUGAACAUGGAUAUUUUUGAUAUGAACCCUGCCCAGGUACAACAUUGGCAAGUACCAUCUCCAUCAAGGAGAGAUUCCUUGCAGAACACCGGGCUAGAAACAUUGCCAAGACCAGCUGGCCAUCUUAGGCCAGAUAACCAAAUUCCAAACCGAACCAAUUCGUUCAACAAUCAACUGCAGGCUUCACCAUCUAUGAGACAAGUUGUGACCAGCAAAACGGAAUCAUCCUUAAACACCACCAACACUAUUACAGCAGUAACAUCAACGCCUAUUCUUCAGCCAGUGAAGAGCAUUCGAGUUCCAAGACCUGAGCCUCAGACAGCUGUGGCACCUUCACAUCCAGCAUGGUUACAGAAUCAGGGUGCAGACAACAAUGAUAUAAUGGAGCAAAAACCCUUGGCAGUAGGUGGAGCUGUAAACUACGUCCUUGAGCCUGAUGAUUACACUAUGAAAGAGCGUAGAUGUCCUCCACCACCAUAUCCAAAACAUUUGUUACUUCAGAACAAUGCAGAGCAAUUUGAUACUAACUGUCUAUGUAUGGGUGUGGAGCAAGGUAUUCGUGGUGUUCACAGCUUGACAUGCAAUAAAACUGAGGACAGCAGCAAUGAGAAAAGUGAGAAAAAUAGCAAGCCUAAUAAAUCAGAGAAGAUGGGAAAGGACAAAAAACGCAUUCAAACAUCGCCUGUACCAUUUCGCAAAAAUAGUAAAGAUGAAGAGAAAAGGGAAUCGAGAAUUAAAAGUUACUCCCCUUUUGCUUUUAAGUUUUUCAUGGAACAACAUGUGGAAAACAUCAUGAAAACGUAUCAGCAAAAGUUAAACAGAAGGUUGCAGUUGGAGCAAGAGAUGUCAAAGGCAGGUCUAUCCGAAGCAGAACAGGAACAGAUGAGGAAAAUGCUUAAUCAGAAAGAGUCUAAUUACAACAGACUGAAAAGAGCAAAAAUGGACAAGUCACUGUUUGUAAAAAUUAAGACACUGGGAGUUGGUGCUUUUGGGGAGGUCUGCCUGGCUCAAAAAGUGGAUACCAAUGCUCUUUAUGCAAUGAAAACCCUACGGAAAAAGGAUGUGCUGAGUCGUAAUCAAGUGGCUCAUGUGAAAGCAGAGAGGGACAUUCUGGCCGAAGCUGACAAUGAAUGGGUAGUCAAGCUCUACUAUUCUUUCCAAGAUAAAGAAAAUUUAUACUUUGUAAUGGAUUACAUCCCAGGUGGAGAUAUGAUGAGUCUCUUGAUACGAAUGGGAGUUUUCCCAGAGUCCCUGGCAAGGUUCUAUAUUGCAGAACUGACCUUAGCAAUUGAGAGCGUCCACAAAAUGGGAUUUAUUCACAGGGAUAUUAAACCUGACAACAUCCUGAUUGACCUUGAUGGACACAUUAAACUCACAGACUUUGGUCUUUGUACUGGAUUUAGGUGGACUCAUGAUUCCAAAUACUAUCAGAAAGGGACCCAUGCCAGACAGGACAGCAUGGAGCCAAGUGAUCUCUGGGGAGACUUGUCUGACUGUAAGUGUGGCGACAGGUUAAAAACCCUUGAACAGAGGGCUGCCCGACAACACCAAAGAUGCCUAGCCCACUCGUUGGUUGGAACUCCAAACUAUAUUGCUCCCGAAGUUCUAUUACGAAAAGGAUACACUCAACUUUGUGACUGGUGGAGUGUGGGAGUUAUACUCUUUGAGAUGUUAGUGGGGCAGCCUCCUUUUCUUGCUCCAACACCUGCAGAAACACAAAUUAAGGUAAUAAAUUGGGAGAGCACACUCUACAUUCCACCACAAGUAAAACUUAGUUCUGAGGCAACAGAUCUCAUCACAAAGCUCUGUUGUGGAGCCAGUGACAGAGUGGGUGGAAAUGGAGCGGAUGAAAUCAAGGCUCAUCCUUUCUUUACUUCCAUUGAUUUUUCCGAAGACAUCCGCAGACAGCCAGCACCCUAUGUCCCAAAGAUUAGCCAUCCCAUGGACACUUCCAACUUUGACCCAAUAGAAGAAGAGAACUCAUGGAAUGACAGCGGUGAUAGCACCAAGGCAUCUGACACAUUAACUAGUCAUGUUAGUGGCAAUAAGCAUCCAGAACAUGCAUUUUACGAAUUCACCUUCCGAAGAUUCUUUGAUGACAAUGGUUAUCCCUUUCGGUAUCCCAAACCCUUGGACAAUGACGAACCCAAACAAAAUCAGCCAGAUUUGGGCCAGAGGGAUUCUGUUGGCCAUAGUGAAAGUUAUAAGCCUGUAUAUGUUUAAAGAGUAUAUGUUAACAUUUUCUGUCAUUUUUUUUCUUCCAGCAUUUGAAAUAAUACAAUCUACAAAAGAAAUCAAGAUUGAUGGUUGAAAACAGAAAGCACUUACCUUGUCUUAGUGGCAUAUUGUGCCCUCUAGGGAUAAUUGUUGAGCUCCUGCUGCUGAACGUUUUGUUUGAAAUAUGUGCGAUAUUUAGCAUCAGCACUAAUUUUAUAGCAGAGAGUAGAACUAGAUAAUAAGUAGACAUCAAAUUCUAAGGGUGGAAUUUUCCAGCCCCCCAUGGCAGGUUCCCCCGCGGCAGGGCCAGCGAGCCAUUGAAACCUCUGUUCACAUCGGCAGAACCGGAUGAUCCCACUGGCGUGAGAGGCUGGAAAAUUCUGGCCUAAAUCUAGAAUAUAUAGACAGGAUUGGAAAUAUACAGAAAGCUGAAAGAAGUUUUGAAAACUGGCUAAGUGCAAUAAUAUGUAAAUCAAUAUAUUAUGUUUUUAUAUAUAGUGCCAUUAGUAACUGUAAUACAAUAAAUGUACAAUUAUCUUAUAAACAUUCUGUUAAAUUUAUAAUAAUCUAUAUUGAAAGGUCUGGAGCAAAUUACAUAACACUGAUGCUGCUUUAUGUCCUUGUAUGAUACAUACAAAGUAUUUUUCAAUACAAAACAUGAAAAAAGUGAGUUGAUGAGUGGAUUAUGCAUCUCAGUAUGCUUUUGGUGUGUGGAACUGAUGCAUGAACAGUAUUUUUUCUUUUUAGCUAAACUCGUUUUUGAAAUACUUUUAAAACACAGGCAGGUCCUGUGUGAUUUGAUUCAUUUAUAUUAAUUAAAAAAUAUCAAGCUCGUUCUUGAGAAGCUAU